UCUUAUUAUUUUAUGUGUUAUAAUAUUAAAAAUUAAUAUUUUGUAUGGAAGAGCGUAAAGGGAGGCAAUGAUGUCAAACCGGAAAUGAUAAAGUUAAGACCCCACAGACUUCUAUGAAUUCUGUAAAUACACGUUCAUGAUUCUAUAGGAUGUGACAGAACCAAGAUUUGUGCACAGAAGGAUUAAAUGUGGAGAAAGUUGAAAAUAAAAUGUCUUAUGGAAGUAUAAUGAAACGUUUGCAAAGACUAGAAUUUCCAGACUGCACCAGAGAAGCUCUAGAGUUUAUCACGGAAACAUUUUCCUCACAAGAAGGAGCAGCAAUACCAGGUCUUGGGGGAGAUAAAGAACCAAUUUUAGCAGAAGUAUGCCAGGCCUUUGUCCUGUUUGGAUCUAAACGAAGCACAAAGAAACUAAGUGCUCUCCAAGAGCUUCAGCUACUGCAGCUCCUGUGUGAACAUUUCAGGACAGCUUUGGAAAAGACCAAGUAUCAGAUCUUCAACUUAAUGUUUGGUGCUAGAGGUGAUGAACAAGCCAACACACUGCUUACCAAAUUGGUUUCUAUGGCACUCUCAGUCAGCUGUACAUCAGUACUGGACUGUGCAGCAAUCUGGAUGCAGGAUCGGAACAGCCAUAGUUCAGACUCUCUCCAGUUGACUAAACAGUUGGUUGAAGACUACUGCCUACUUUUUCCAGAUCCAUCGAAUAUGUUUCAGAAGUUGCCAUCCAUCUCUCCAUUAUUUGUCUGUAACUUUACCACAUCUGUUACGUCUGUUUUCCCUUUUCAUGAUGUCGAGUCAAUCCCACCAGCAAGUUUAUUGGAACAUGUGACAACAUGGAUUACUUCAGAUUGCACUUUGUGUUGCGAGUCUGUCCGUCAGGUUGCUAUUCAUGGCACCUGUUCAUCACCUGUACCAGGCCUACUUGGCUGGUGUGUUCUUGGACCCAUCAUCUGUUCACACCUGAUGAAACCAGGUUCUUCAGCAGCUUCAGCUUCCAACAAACCCCACAGCCAAAUGUAUAAACCAUCAGUAACAAAAACUAUGACAACAUUAUCAAAAUUGCAUCUUGGUUUGCUCCAGAGCUUGGACUUCUGUCAGUCGAGCUCGUUAUCACAUUGCCUUCUCAGUGUGACAGAUGCUAUGUGUCUAGUAAAACAGCUUUCAACGCUCUUAGACAGGGUGAGGGAAAGUCAGAGUGACUCUGGUGUAAAGGUUGAAGAAGAUGAAGUAACUCAUAUAACUUUGGAGAGGUUGGCACAAGUGCUGCAGGUAGCAAAGAUGGCUGGGUGCCUAAGGGCACAGCUAGGUCAGCUUCCAGAACUAGGAAAGGUAGUCAAAAAGCACUUGCCUCACAACAGGCUUCUAAGCAUGGUUAUAGCUCAGCAUUCUGAAAGAUCAUCUCGACACACACCUAUGGAUAUCAGCUAAUCUUACAGACUGUAAAUUAAACUGAAAUGCUGCUAAGA